AUGUAGAAUCAACAAUUUACCUACUUAUAGCAAACAGAGUCAUGCUAUAUUAAGAAGCAAAACAUCGAUAUAUUAUAUCAGAAACCUAACUCUAGUGAACUAUUCGAGAACUAAAAUUUGCCAAUGAGUAUAGCUCAAAUGUAAUAUGAGCUGGCAUUUAAAAAAGAGUUACUAAUUGAUUUUUAAAAAAGCAAAAUUAAUAAUUAGAAACUCAGUUCAGAAUAGUAGAAUUUAAUAGAUAAUAAACAAGCAAAGGAAGAAUUAACUUUCCAAAUGAAAAGUUAAAGAAAGAGAGGGCCAAGAAUUAAGGAUAACAAAUGUAGAAUAUUUAAAUGCGACUUAUGCGAUGUAGUAGUGACAAGAAAAGAUAACCUGCUUAAACACAAAAAGAAUAUUCAUUUUUAGGAAAAACAGUUUCAAUGUGGCGAAUGCUUUAAACAAUUUACUGAAAAAGGCAACUUAGUGGUACAUUUGAGGAUACAUCAGGGCAUCAAGCCGUACAAAUGUGAAAUUUGUGGGUUAAGAGUAAGUUCUAAAGGAAACUACUUGGACCAUUGCAAAAGGCAUUUUAAGAAAAAAUAAACCUAACUUAAUAAUCACUUGGAAAAGAAACAUAAAAAUCUCGCAUAAUAGAAAUAAGUAAUUAUAUAAAUUGAAAGAGAAUAAGAGGAGGCUUAUCCUUUAAUUGAUUAUGAUAAAGAAGUUCUAAAAUAGUUUUUCAAAAAAAGUUCGCUUUACUGA